UUUUAUACCAGCUACUCGAAGGGUUAAGUUAUUAUUUUUUAGAAUAAUAAAGACUAAGAUGGAAGAAAUGGAAAAGAUCUCCACCAACAGCAGCAGUGGCGAAAAGAAACGCUUCAAGGUGAAUAAAUGGAAUGCGAUUGCCCUUUGGGCUUGGGAUAUUGUUGUAGACAACUGUGCUAUUUGCCGAAAUCACAUCAAGGAUUCUUGCGUCGAGUGUCAAGCGAAACAGACGCUAGAAAACAGCGAGAAGUGCAUUGUGGUUUGGGGGGAUUGCAAUCAUGCUUUCCACUUCCAUUGUAUUUCGCUUUGGCUAAAGACGAACCAAGUGUGUCCCCUCGACAAUAAGGAAUGGAAUUUCCAGAAGUGAAACCUUAAUCCCAAGUGACUGCUGAUCUCAUGAAGCA